CCCAGUCAUGCCUUUCAUCAUUCUGGUACCUAAUCCCAAGUUCAUGGCUGUUUUUUACCACAAAAUCAUGAUUUUAUUUAUUGUUAUUAUUACUUUUAAUUCAAAAUCAUAAUUGACUUGGCUUGUUUUGGGAUCAAAAUAGGAAAAUCAAAAGGCAAUUAGCUGAUUAGUCUUCUUUCGGGUUGAUUUGAUUAUACCUUGCAGAAUGGGGACCACGUAUCCAACCAGUUUGGGAACAUCCCAUGCAAGCGUUCUUCAACUCCAUUUAUGAAUCAGCUCCAUUGCUCCAAUUUCAGGGAACAAACCAAAAAACCCACAAAUUUAAGUCAUUGCCAUUAAAGGCAUUGGCAGCCAAUGAGGUCUUCUAUAGAAAACGCGAAUAAGAUCUGUUUUUUCAGGAGAUGGGUCUGUGUAUUUUGAUCGCUGAAGCUGUCAAAUAGAAGAGAAAAGAGAAGAAAGUAGGAGAGAAUUAGGGGUUCGAAUGGGAGAGGAAGGAGAGAAUAGAGAAGAAAAAUCACUAGCUGAUACACCCACUUGGGCGGUUGCUACAGUGGUUACUGUUAUGGUUGUUUUUGGGUUCUUCUUUCAUGGUUGUUUGAAACAGUUCGGAAAGUGGUUGGAUAGGACUAAGAGGAAAUCGUUGCUUGCUGCCCUGGACAAGAUAAAAGACGAGCUUAUGCUUUUUGGGUUUCUGUCGCUGUUGAUGGGUCAUUGGAGUGUUUUUGUGGCCAAGAUUUGUGUUCGAUCGUCGGCAUUCAGCACCAGAUUUUAUCCAUGUGUCUCGAAAGAGGAUCUAAGAUUUGUGGAACAUGUUAUCACUUCAACAUCAAACUUUAUGAAUCACACAGUUUCUAGAGAGCAUGUACCCACAGGGCGGCAUCAUUAUUGUCCGGAGGGUCAGGAGUCAUUUGCCUCGUACGAAAGUCUUGAGCAGCUUCAUCGCUUUGUAUUUGUUCUUGGUGUCAUCCAUGUUUCAUACAGCUUUGUUGCCAUUGCCUUGGCCAUGAUUAAGAUAUAUAGCUGGAGGACAUGGGAAAACCAAGCCCAGUCCAUGGCUAUGCAGAGUUUAGAAGAUUCUGCACAAUCAGAGGCAGGUAAUAUAAAAAUGAGGCGGGUAUCUACCUUUAUCGUUCACCAUACAUCCCAUCCGUGGAGCCAGCAUCGAGUUCUUGUGUGGUUGCUUUGUUUCAGUCGCCAGCUGUGGAGUUCUAUAAACCGAGCUGACUACAUGGCUCUGCGUUUGGGCUUUAUCAGUACGCAUCAACUUCCUUUGACGUAUGAUUUCCAUAACUACAUGCUUCGAAGCAUGGAUGAAGAGUUUCGUGAUAUCGUUGGCAUUAGUGUGCCCCUCUGGAUUUAUGCCAUUGCUUGCUUUUUUCUAAAUUUUCAUGGAACCAAUGUCUACUUCUGGUUAUCCUUUUUUCCAUGCAUUUUGAUACUGCUAAUUGGCACGAAACUGCAUCUAGUGGUUGUAAAGCUAGCUGUUGAAAUCCUGGAUUCAACUCCGUGGAUGGGAAACCAUCGGUUCAACCUGAGGGAUGAUCUUUUCUGGUUUGGAAAGCCUGUGCUUCUUCUGCGAUUAAUACAAUUAAUAUCAUUCCAAAAUGCUUAUGAGAUGGCGACAUUUCUUUGGUCCUUGUGGGAAAUCAAGGAUUCUGUUUGUUUCAUGGACAAUCCAGCCUCUGUAGUAAUCCGCUUGACAUUUGGGCUCCUCUCCCAGUUCUGGUGUAGCUUUAAUACAUUCCCGCUCUAUGUCAUCGUUACACAGAUGGAUGCGAGGUUGAAGAAAACCGUUGUUCCCGAACAUGUAAGGAGCUCACUGCACGGAUGGGCGAGGAGAGUGAAGCAAAGGCAAAACACCUCUACUCAAAGCCAUAGCACGAGAUCAACUCUACUCUCGGAUUCCUUGACGAACAGCAGCAACAAAAGAAGCUCCAGGAAAGUAGAAGAUACCUCAAUCCACAAUGAAGAAGCAACAGUCCAGCGGCUUGAAGGUGAGAACCAUACACAAAGGACUGAGGAAUUUGGGGUUUCAUCGUUUCCUGGUCCUCACAAUGACAGCUCUAGUGAUGAUGAUGAUGCUGAUCAUGGUUAUCCUGAGAAUAACAACUAUGUCAGAUGAAAUGCGUCUCCUUGCACUAUCUUGAGCUUUUUAUAUUUGAUUCUCUCUUUUUUCAGUUUUUUUGGCAAGUAUGGAACUUCUAGUUUACUUCUUGUUUGUAUAUUCAGAAGUUUAAAAUCAUUGUGUGGUUUUUAUUUGACUUGAGGAGUGAAAAUUUCAACUCAAUUCUUCUAAUGUUUAGCGCUUGAAUUCACAAGUGUUGGCUCAAUUAAA